AUGCCUCAUCGAGCGGCCUCUCCGGCUUUGUCAGAGAAUGAGUUGGACAUUUCAAGUUCUCUAUUCAAAACCAAUGCAAACUCCGACUCCGAAGAUGAGUGGGAUUCAAAACCAAAUAAGAAGCAAAAGAAGAAGCAGACGUCGAUUCCAUCAGCAAGUUUGAAUUUAUUAGACGAAGAUAACGACGAUGUCGAUGGCGAAGAUGACGAAGCGUUUAUCGCAGCAACGCAAGCGGCCGCUAAUCGAAAGGCCUCCAAUCUCAAGGGUCGUACUGUCAAGAAAGGCGGUGGUUUUCAGGCCAUGGGACUGAAUGCUCAACUGCUCAAGGCUAUUGCUCGCAAGGGUUUCUCGGUACCAACUCCUAUUCAGCGAAAGACGAUUCCCGUAAUAUUGGAUGAUCAAGAUGUUGUGGGUAUGGCGCGGACGGGUUCUGGAAAAACUGCUGCUUUCGUUAUUCCGAUGAUUGAGAAAUUGAAGAGCCAUAGUGGUAAAGUCGGGGUACGAGGAUUGAUAUUGUCGCCGUCACGCGAGUUGGCUUUGCAGACUUUGAAGGUCGUCAAAGAGUUAGGGCGAGGCACGGAUUUAAAGGCGGUUUUGUUGGUUGGUGGUGAUAGUCUGGAAGAACAAUUCAGUUUGAUGGUCGGCAAUCCUGAUAUUGUCAUUGCCACCCCAGGUCGAUUUUUGCAUUUGAAAGUGGAGAUGAACCUCGACUUGUCUAGUAUCAAAUAUGUGGUUUUCGACGAGGCUGAUAGGUUGUUUGAGAUGGGUUUCGCUGCACAAUUGACCGAAAUUUUGCACGGGUUGCCUGCUACUCGCCAGACACUGCUAUUCUCAGCAACCCUUCCGAAAUCGUUGGUAGAGUUUGCUAGAGCUGGUCUUCAAGACCCCAGUUUGAUCCGGUUGGACACUGAAGGCAAAAUCUCACCCGACUUGCAGAACGCUUUCUUCAGUGUCAAAACAGCAGAUAAAGAGGGAGCGCUACUUUAUAUUUUACAUGAGGUGAUCAAAAUACCCACUGGUCCAACUGGUGUUUCUCUACGCUCAAACGAGGAAGAUGAUGACAAGGGAAAGAGGAACAAAAAACGCAAGCGUUCUGAUUCCAAUAAACCGGGGAAGAACACCGAAUCACCAACCAAGCAUUCCACAAUUAUUUUUGCUGCUACGAAACAUCACGUUGAUUAUAUAGUUAGCAUCCUGCGCGAAGCUGGAUUUGCAGUCUCUUAUGCAUAUGGCUCCCUUGAUCAGACGGCGAGAAAUAUUCAAGUUCAAAGGUUUCGAAAUGGAGCCACACAUAUCUUGGUUGUCACAGACGUCGCUGCUCGUGGUAUUGAUAUUCCAAUUUUAGCCAACGUCAUCAACUAUGAUUUCCCGUCUCAACCCAAGGUUUUUGUUCAUCGUGUUGGUCGAACGGCGCGUGCUGGACAAAAGGGUUGGAGUUAUAGUCUUGUCCGGGAUGCAGAUGCUCCUUACCUUCUUGAUUUGCAGCUAUUCCUGGGCCGGAAAUUGGUCCUUGGGCGACCAGAGACAGAAGUCAAUUUCGCGGAAGAAGUGGUAGUUGGAGGCAUUCCUCGAGAUACCCUCUCUAGUCAUUGUGAAUGGAUCACAAAGACACUGGACAAUAGUCCCGACAUCCAAGCUCAGAGAGGCGUCGCGAACAGAGGAGAAAAACUCUAUAUGCGAACGAGAAACGCUGCAUCCUUAGAAAGCGCCAAACGUGCAAAAGAAGUUGUCACUUCUGAUAAAUGGACGUCGCUACAUGCUCUCUUCAAUGGAGAAGAUAAUCAAAUGGAAGUUGAGCGCGAAAAGAUGCUUGCUCGUUUAGGUGGAUACCGACCACAAGAAACAAUUUUUGAGAUUGGUGGUCGUCGAGGAGGCAAGAAGGGCACGGAUGAAGCUUUCGAGACGAUCAAGCGAGUUCGAUCAGCGCUGGACAAGAAGAAGAAAACCUCAGCCACUGCGACUGAGACUGCUGAUGCCGACGGUGAUGAGGGGGAAGAUGUCAACAUGGACCAUGGGUUUUCCGAUGAAGACGACAAUGAAGCUCCUCAGGACAACCUUGACAAUAUGUCGAUGGCAUCCGAGUCCGAGCUAGAAGUGACCUUCUCACAGUAUUCUCAGUCGAACAAAAAUAAAUCCAAAAAGGGCUCCGGUACCGAUGCCAACGCCUUCCAGAACCCAGAUUACUUCAUGUCCUACACCCCAGCUGACGCAUCACUCGCCGAAGAUCGCGCUUACGGAGUCCAUUCAGGCUCCAGUUCCAACUUCGCCCUCGCAUCCCGCGACGCAACAAUGGAUCUCACCGCGGACGAAAAAGCCGGUUUCGGAGAAGCACAAUCAUCAAUGCGCUGGGACAAACGACACAAGAAAUACGUCUCUCGUCGCAACGACGAGGACGGCUCCCGAGGCGGCUCAGCCCUGAUUCGAGGUGAGAGCGGUACGAAGAUCGCAGCCAGUUUCCGUAGUGGUCGCUUCGACGCUUGGAAAAAGGGUAAACGAAUGGGUCGUAUGCCUCGUGUCGGUGAAAUGGAGAAUACCACUCUUUCCGCAGAUCUGAAUUCGUCUAUUUCCGGCGGACGGAAGUAUAAGCAUAAUAAGCAACAGGCGCCGAAACAAUUGGAUAAACUUCGUGGUGAUUAUGAGAAGAAGAAGAAGAAAUGGGAUGCUGCGAAGGAAGCUGCUGCUGCCGCUGCUGGAGGUAAUGAAGGUGGAAGGAAAGCGAAGAAUGAGAUACGGAAUAAUGAGGAUAUUCGUAAGGCGAGAAACCUUAAGGAGAAGAGGAGGGAGAAGAAUGCUCGGCCGUCGAAGAAAGGGAAGGGCGGUUUUAGAGGAAGGCGUUAG